AUGAGCCGAGACAAGGUGCUGGCGGGACCUGGCGGAGACGGGACCCAGACUACGGCCACGGUCAUUGUUGUCGGGCCGGACGGCGGCGAGCCGCGGGACCGAACCGGCGUUGUAGACAAGCGGCUGUUCUCGUGCGCCGUGAGCGCGGGGAGAGAGGGCCCCCCAGAGCCCCCCCCUCCCCGCCAGGAGGCCCCCCCGCCCCGCCAGGAGCCCCCGCCCAUGUCAGCCCCGCCGCAGGGCUCCGUGGCCCCGCUGGGCCCCGCCGCCCACAGGACCACGUCCUUCUCCGUUCUCGACAUUCUGGACCCGAACAAGUUCACCAGCAGCCGCAGAGUGCAGCACGCGCCCCACCGGCUGGACGUGGGCGCGAGCGGAGCAGAGAACUGGAGCGGCGGGUCAGGAGGAGAGCGCGAGCAUGACGGCGUCCGGUCCGGCGUGGAGCAUGAGACCAAGAACUGCUUCGGUUCUGAAGAAUACCGGAGCAAGGAGGGCUACGUGUACAGAGGACCAGACGACGGUGACUUCCAUCGAAGCAGCACGCCGGACUCCGAAGCCCAGGACGAGCCCUACAGCAGCGAGGAGAGCAGCUCAGCUCCAGCCAGCAACGGAGAAGCAGACCUCAGCCAGCAGUCACACCAGGAUUCUGGCAGAGACGUCAAGAGUCCCGGAGGUGGUUCGGCAAGUCAGAUGAACAAUGCUCAGAACAAUGGCGUACAAGGCCAACAGGGGAAGCCCAAGAGGAAGCGCUCAGGGUCCGAUUCCAAGUCGGGAAAGCCCCGCAGAGCGCGGACUGCUUUCACCUACGAACAGCUGGUAGCGUUAGAGAACAAGUUCAAGUCCACCCGCUACCUGUCUGUGUGUGAGAGGCUGAACCUGGCGCUGUCUCUGUCUCUCACCGAGACGCAGGUCAAAAUCUGGUUCCAGAACAGAAGAACCAAGUGGAAGAAACAGAAUCCCGGAGCUGACACCAGCGCUCCUACCUCAGCUGGGGGUGGAGGUGGAGGGGGCGUGGGAGGGGGGUUAGGGAGCCUGAGCCCUCUGAGUCCCUCUCCGCCGAUGAGUGGACAUCUAUCCAUGCACGCCGCAGCAGCGGGAUACACAAGUCACCACCACGCACCGACUGGAGGCUUGGUCCAGUUACCGUUCCUCACACCCAGCCAUGCCGCCGUGCUCUCGCCAUUUAUGCUGGGCUCUCAAACGUACGGGGCCCCUGCAUUCUACACCACGCAUCUAUAG